ACGGCACCCUGAUACUCGUCGGAAUUGAAUCAAACCACACUCGUCUGGGCGGAUUCUCCACAGGGGGAAUUUGCUACUGUCAAAUAGAGAGGGACUUUUUUGUCCCUUAAGUUACAUGGUACUAGUAGCAUGCCAGAGUGACGAAAAUAUGAGCCAUGACCGUCAUUUUCGACUUGGAUAUGAAGUUGAGACUGCUAUUGCCAGCACGAAGCCUAGGGUGCAAUUUACGCACUUGCGUUCUUUUUACGUGAGAAAGCGGCCCACCGUAAAUUACGCCGUGUUUUAAUCGUAAUUUAUGCGUGCUCUUGUUUAGUAAAACCCGCAGAUAUAUAGCUAGAGUCUCUAAAAUGGACUUGUUGUAGCCACGCAGAUUGCCAAAAGCAGCCUGAGCACGAGCGUGAUCUGCGUUCCGUGUAACUAUGCUGCGCGCCCCACGCACGCGGUAUAAGACGCCAGUACUACUCUCGGGCUGCCGGGCACCGCCUUCAGCGCCGAGUCGUCGACGAGGUAGCGACCUCAGGCUCCGAGUCGGUACUUUGUCCGAGUCUAGCGGCCCGGGGCCACCACUGGCAGGGGACUGGCAACCACGGGCCGGAGGCCCUCCGAAACAUCAAGUUACACCAGAAUCCACUUUACCCUCCAGUAUUACCCCACUUACUUCCGCACUUACACUACCUAGGUAGUACUUUCUUACACAUUUAAAAUUAAGCGGGCAUGAGUUUGCUCGUGCCCCAGACCUUCUGGGAUCGCCUUUCCCUCUUACAUGAUUCCCUGGCAACCGGCGAAUGUUGGAAUGACGUUGACUCAAUCGCAGUUCCAAUUGACCCCCCCUCCGAGGACGCUGCAUUCACAAAGUCCUCGGCAUUCUUCAUUCAUCUUUUCGGUCUAGAACUGCACGACUCCUUAGCAAUGCUUUGCAAAGGCGCACUUCACGUCCUGGCUACGGACGAGAAGUGUGCAAUGCUUAAGGCCCUACAGGAAGAAGGCCAAUCAGCAGGGCUUAAGUUCCAACUUCACAGGUUUGACUUACCACACUACUCACAACUGCUUGGAAAAUUUGGGCCUAGGGUCUGCAAGGAUAACCACGAAUCAACACAUGCAAUACUAGCAAAGUUGGUGAAGAGCCAAGCUGGCAGGAAAAUCGGAUGUCUAGAGAAGAUACAAUUUCAAAGCACACUUGCUCUUGCUUUGAAUAAGGCAAUUCAGUCUGCCCGUGCCUGUAUCGAUAAUCGAAAUUUAGAAUGUUUGCAAGCCGAUACUAACAGGAUGAAAAUAGGCCGGCGCAGAAUGUAUCGAUGUGACUUCUGUACUUGGUAUGGCACUAAGUGUCAAAGAUGGUCACGCACUGGCCACUUUUCGGAAGGCAGCAGUAGUAACACAUAAAAUUCUCAAGCACAGCUUUGUGAGGCUACUGGAGGACGCCUUCGAUCAAGCUAAGUCCAUAACGCAUGAAGAGAUUGCAACACAUGUUGACGAAUGCUGCGAGCACCCAUCUAAAGUUAACAUUAAAUCCCCACAGGGUCACUACGAGUCAUGCUAUUUCCCGAUUGUACAGGUGCGAUUGGUUUUAAAAUACGAAAAGCAUACACCUAUAAACAUAGAGUGGUGGCAAGUAUGACAUCCGACCCAGUGCAUCCACAAAUGGCGAAACGCUUUCCGAUGACGUGAUCAUCAUAUCACUAGGAGUGCGGUACAAUUUUCAUUGUGCUAACAUGGCUCGGACAUUCUUUGUUGACCCGGUAGAUGUUGUCACUUAGACGAUACCCUAGCAGACCCAAUAGGUAGAGAGUGUUAGACUUAAUUAUAGCAUAUUGUUGGAACUUCGUCGUGAAUGUCUGGCGGUCAUGCUUGCUGGCCGAUGUGUUGGAUCAGUUGCAGAAACGGCUAACCGUUUUAUCCGCCAAAGAUGCCCUCACCUGCUUAAGUUCCUGCCUAAGGUAAAAUUUCAUUUUAAUUUAUUUUAUUUUUUUGAUGAUAUGCUAGAAUUUUGGAUUUGGCCUUGGUUUGGACUUUCGUGAAUCUUCACUGAUAAUGAACGCGAAGAACCAACGCAAAUUUGCACAAAAUAUGGUUUUCAAUCUUGCAAUUGGUUUCCAUGACCUAGAGCUGACUGAUAUGCAGAAAGCGGACGCACAGGGCUCCAUAAGGAAACUUUCCAAAUAUUCCAUGCUGAUUGCGGACACUGUCCUAAUUCAGGUUGGUUGCACCGGUUACUUGCAUAUUUUUUUGAAUCACAAUAUAUUUAGUCUGGCGACGAGCCCCCCGAUAUUGUAACCAAGCACUCCGUGGAAUGGAAAGAUGUUUCCUAUUUCAUUAACGAGAAGAAUGAUAAAGACAUCAUGCCACCUCAAGGUAUCUUUAUAUUAUGAUGACUUCUUGACAAUAUAACUCUCAGGAAAACACUACACGCCCGAACAAGUUUUCGCCCCAGUUCAUUGCUUCGAUGAUAUCUUGCAAAGAUCCAAGGGCUUGUAGGUUGAAAGUCAGAGUGCAAUAAUGAGCAGUCGUCUUCGCGAACGUAGUAAAGCUUGUGCUCCUGAUCGCAGUAGCCUUGCUCGCAAUGAGAAGCAAGCUGAGCUUAUGCAACAAAAGCUGUCCGUAAAGAGAAGCGAAAAAAGUAGUGCGUGGAGUCAACAAGGCCAAUUAUCUUCACGAGCUGAUAUUCUGGAAGUUGAUGUGUAUCAGCACAGGCCCGUGCACUAAGAAUUAGUUGCAGUGGCAUUAGCCCAGCCCUAAAAUAGUCUCUUUUGAAUAGGUCUGCUGGGGAGUAUCCAAGAGACCUCCCUUCAAGUGAGGUCUACGUAGAUAUGCAAGGUCAGGUGCUGUUUGCCCCGAUCAAUGGCUCACAAGUGCCAUUUCACAUAAGCAUGAUCAAGAACGCGGUUCAACCCGAUCCAGACCGGACUGCAACGUGAUUUUUUGCCUCCCUUGCACACUAGAUAAUAGCAAUAUUUCUAGGUACCUUCGCUUAAAUUUCUUUACUCCUGGACAGACAGCUUCUAAGGAUAUAGCACCAGCCACGUCAAAAUUGAUUGAGCAGCACGGUCAUAAUUCUAUGUUCAUCAAAGAGAUGCUAUAUCGCAGCCGGGAGUCACAGCGACUGACAGCUGCUCAUCGUAUGAUUCAGGAGCUGCGAAAGCGCUUCAGACAGCACGCGGCAAAAGCGGCUGAGGAAGCUGAUCUUAUCCCCCAGGAAAAGCUGGUAAGCUUUUGUUGCUGCCACCCGUCACCAGAUAGCUUUCUGCAGGUGAAAAUGCGUGAUCAACGAAUUCCACGCAUGGCCGACCUUACAAUGCGCCCCUUUAUAAGCGGAAAGAAAACAACGGGAACACUUGAAGCACACACCAAUGGUUUACGUUUCACAUCAAAGAAGCACGAAAUUGUUGACAUCAUGUACGGCAACAUUAAACACAGUCUAUUUCAGGUGUGUGGGAUUUACUAAUUUUAUGUUGAACAGUAAUAUAGCCGUGCGAGAACGAAGUCAUGGUGCUCAUUCACUUCUACCUUAAGAACCCUGUCUUGGUUGGAAGAAAAAAGUCACAGAACGUCCAGUUUCUCACUGAGGCAAGUAGUCCGGUGGCAAAUCGGGAACGAUUCCUAGCUCCAUGAUUUAGGUUGUCGAUGCCUCAGUAGCACUUGACAGUGCUCGCCGGUCAAUGUAUGACCCCGACGAACUCGAUGAAGAGCAACGUGAACGACAGUUGCGAAAGAAGCUCAAUGAAAUGUACCUGAUUGAAUUUCAUUUUUUGGUGGACUCAUGUUUUCGACGCAGGUUCAAGGAAUUCUGCAAGAAGAUGGAGCGAGUUGCAAAACAUCAUCGCUUUCAUCUCGAGUAUCACGAGAGUACCAAGAUAUCUUCGCAGAAUAUCAGUCAAAUUAGGUUUGACAUACCAUAUCGAGACCUUGGCUUCCAUGGCGUUCCCAAUCGAGAGAUGGUGUUGAUUCAACCAACAGUUCGUUGUCUAGUAAACCUCACUGAAACGCCAUUUUUUCUUGUUGAGCUCGAUCGUGUUCCCAAUCAGAGUGGUCAAUUUUGAUUACUAGGAGUGUGAUAUUAUACAUCACACUUUCUUUUUUAUAAUAGGUUGAGCAUAUUCAUUUUGAGAGAUGCACCUUUCGAUCAAAGAAUUUCGACAUGAUCAUAAUCCUGCAGAAUUUUGAUGUUUUGCCACUAUCCAUCAAUGCGGUGCCCAUGAAUGAAUUAGAUGCAAUUCAAGAGUGGCUUACCGAUUGCUCUAUUACUUACACCGCUAGUCUCCGCGUGUGACCUGUUUGGUCACAUUUAAUUUAGAAUAUUAAUAAUAAAGGCUGGUCAAGCAAGUAUGUCGUGGAAAAGUGUGAUGAACCUUGUAAAAGGAGAUCCUCGUUUUUAUGAAGAGACUGAUGAGCAUGGUGAGUCAAAACCGGCUGGUUGGCAGUUCCUUCAGGCCGAUGACAAUCAUGACGGGAAUGAAGAGGAAGAUGAUGGCGAUGAAGAUUAUAGUGCUGGCGACGAUGAUGAUGAGGAUGAGGAUGAGGAGGACGAGGACGAGGAGGAAGAUGACGAAGAAGAUGUUAACGGAGAUGAUGAUGAGGUAGGAGUGUAGCUACUUUUUCCUUAAGCUUUUUAUCUAGGAUGAUGAUGCUUUGGACUGGUAGUGUAUACUGUUGCUUAUGUGAAAAGUAGCGCAUCUUUUUAGGGACGCAAUGGAAGCAUCCGCGCAGUAGCCCAAGAGCCUGCCUAUGGUAGCAUAUAUCCCUCUAGUUUACAUUUUCAUUCUGGUCACACAGACGAACUUUGUAGUAAAGCCACGACAUGAUACUGGCGCUGGGGUGGCCAACUCUUCUUUGGCCUCAGCCUAUUAUUGACUGCAGGUCCCGGUGGAUACAGAGGUAUGGAGGACUUCCAGUAGGCCUAUGCAUACCCCUGGCGGAAAUUUCCUGUUAUACCUGCAAGUGGAACGGGAGAAAUAGGUCGUAAUGUGGGUUCUAUGAUAA